UGAUGCAAUCACCUUAAAUGAGAAUACUUAUAUACAGUAGUCCUGGGAGUUCCCUCCAGCAUAUCCACACAUCGUGAUUUUACUUCAACUGCAAGCUUCCAUUCGAGGUUCAGGACAGACUCUGGAUUCUCCUGUUUGCUGCCUUAUAGACUAAACGAGGAGCACCAGCUGCAUCUUUUUUUAUUAUCUCUGAAACUGAGAAUGAAGGUUCCCAUCAUUACAUUUUGCCUGAUUGGAGCAGUCUUUUCCAACCCGAUUUUACACACUGUUGUUUCAGUAUCAAGCGAGGUUGCAUCAAACUCAACUGAAAGUGUGUCUGUUUCACAAUCGUCUGAAAAUGACACCUCAGAGCUUCAGAGCACAGAGGAAAACACCUCAAAUCAGAGCUCAGAGUCAGAAUCAUUAGAAUCCACAGACAACACAUUGGAGGACACAUCAGAGGACACUUCAGAGGACACAUCAGAGGACACAUCAGAGGACACGACUUCAGAAGAGAGUGACAGUCAGUCGGAUGAGAUGGACUCCAUGCUUGACACCAAAGAUGAUAGUAUGGGCAGUGAAGAGAAUGUCAGAAAGAGCUGGGUGCGAGUGUUUACAAAUACAGUGAAAGCCCUUAGCGCAGAGGACAGCAAUGAGCUGCCCGACACAAACCUGCUGGUGAACCCCACAGACAGCAGUGACAGCACCAGUGACAGCAUAGAAACCACAACUGCCACCAAUGACAGCAAUGAAAGCAAAGACAGCUCCAGCAGCUCCAGCAGUGAGAGCAACGAGAGCAACGAGACCAAAGACAGCAGCAACAGCAGUGACACCAGCAUGAGUACAGAGGACAGCAAUGCCAGCGACAGCACCGAGCUGAAACAACUGAAAGCCAGGGACUGUGUGAAUGGCACUCAGAGCUGCGAAAGUGAGGAGCGUUUCUUCCAGAGUGUAGGAGAUGAUGCUCAUUUCUCAGUGGAUAAUCUGAUGGUGCCAGAUGAGGAUGACAGGGAGUUAAUGCUGCGAAGAUGAUGACAUGCUCUUGUGCAGCCUCUCAUUUCCCUCUAUGAACUCUAGCACUAUGACUAGCCUGAACACUUCAGGAUGAUAGAUUUUGUUUUAUAGAUUGCUUUAUGUUUAUAAUGACAUAAUGCUACAUGCAGCUGAUUUUUGUGUGAAAAUUAUCGAGGUGAUAUUAUCCCAAGUGUUUACUUUGUUUUUAUAAUAAUAAAUAAAUAAUAUAAUCAUG